AGCUCCGCUGCAAAGAUGUCCUUUUGGAGUGAAAAUCAGGAAAAGCUUUAGUUCUCUGGCCCCAGAAGUGUCCUUUCUCUGGGGGAGAGAGUCCCCUUCAGCAGCACUGGCAGCUGAAGGGGUUAAGGCUGGACUGGCUGGCUGCCAGCGAAACUUUUUUUUAACUUUUUUUCUGGCUCUGCGGGUUUCCCCUUGAAGGGAUUUCCCUCCUCCUCUGCUGAGAGACCUUCAUAAGGGGCAGACUUUCCAGGUCAGUCCUCACUGAGCCUGGUGCUUUCGGAGCUGAAGACUUUUCCCCCCCGGCACGGCACGACAUUCUGCUGGCACAGAAGGAAGCGUUUGGGGACCACGACUUUCUCAGCAGGGCAGCAAUUUAAAAUGCCUGGGAAGAUGGCCGUGAUCUUUGGGGUCUCAAACAUUCUUUGGAUGCUGCUGGCGGCUUCUCAAGCGUUUAAAAUUGAGAUCGUCCCCGAAUCCCAAAUCGUGGCGCAGAUCAACGCCUCCGUCUCGCUGACCUGCAGGACGACGGGCUGCGAGGCCCCCUCUUUCUCCUGGAGGACGCAGAUCGACAGCCCGCUGAACGGGAAGGUGAGGAGCGAGGGGAGCACGUCCGUGCUGACCAUGGACCCCGUGAGCUUCGGGAACGAGCACUCAUACCUGUGCACUGCCACCUGCGGGGCCCGGAAAGAAGAGAAAGCGGUCAAGGUGCUCAUCUACUCUUUCCCCAGGGACCCGGAGAUUCAGCUGAGUGGCCCCCCGGAGGUUGGAAAGCCUGUCACGGCCACAUGUUUGGUGCGUGACGUUUACCCGUUCGAAAGGCUGGAGAUAGAUUUGCUGAAGGGCGGGCGUCUCUUGAAAAAUCAGGAGUUUCUGGAGUCUGCAGAGACGAAGUCCCUGGAAACUAAGGGCUUGGAAGUGACCUUCACUCCUACCAAUGAAGAUAUGGGAGAAGCUCUUGUCUGCCAAGCUCAACUACACAUGAAUGAAGUCGACGAGGGCCUCCGAAAGAGGGCGGUGACGAAAACCCUGCAAGUCCACGUCUCUCCCCGGAACACCGUGGUCUCCGUGAGCCCCUCCACGAGGCUGCAGGAGGGGGGCUCCGUGACCAUGACCUGCUCCAGCGACGGCCUGCCCGCUCCGCAGAUCACCUGGAGCAAGGCGUCGGACAGUGGGCAGCCGCAGCUCCUUUCUGCAAACGGAACGCUCACUCUCAUUGCCAUGAGGGUGGAAGAUUCCGGCGUGUACGUGUGCGAGGGCGUUAACCCGGUUGGGAGAGACAGAGAGGAGGUGGAAUUGAUCGUUCAGGAAAAACCGUUCACCGUCGAGAUCUCCCCUGGGCCCCAGGUUGCCGCUGGGAUUGGUGACUCGGUCGUGCUGACGUGCAGCGCCACGGGCUGUGCGGCCCCCUCUUUCUCCUGGAGAACCCAGAUAGACAGCCCUCUGCACGGGCAGGUGAGGCGUGAGGGGGCCGUGUCCACGCUGACCCUGAGCCCCGUGAGUUUUGAGCACGAACGUUCUUACCUGUGCACGGUGACCUGUGGACGCAGAAAACAGGAGAAGACUAUUAAGGUGGACCUCUACUCCUUCCCAAGAGACCCAGAGAUCGAGGUGAGCAGCGGGCCAGUGGACGGAGAGCCAGCCACCGUGAAGUGCAAGGUCCCUGACGUGUACCCUCUGGACCGGCUGCAGAUUCAGCUACUGAAGGGGGAGAGGCUCAUGGAGAGUAAAAACUUCUUGGAGGCCGUGGAGAAGGACUCCCUUGAGACCGGGAGUGUGGAAAUGACCUUCAUCCCCACCGUGGACGAUACUGGCAAAGAGCUUGUUUGUCAGGCUAAGUUACAAAUUGACGAAAUGGAGUUUGAACCCAAACGAAGGCAGAGCACACAGACGCUUCACGUUCAGAUUGCCCCCAGGAAUAUGACCGUCUUGGUCAGCCCCUCCUCCACCCUGGAGGAGGGUCAGUCUGUGAACUUGACCUGCUCUGGCCACGGCCUUCCAACUCCAAAAAUCCAGUGGAGCAGGCAGCUCCGUGAUGGGAGCCUGCAGGUUCUCUCUGAGAACACGACUCUCACCUUGACCUCUACGAGAAGGGGAGAUUCUGGCAUUUACGUGUGCGAAGGGAGUAACCAGGCUGGGACAAGCAGAAAGGAAGUUGAACUAAUUAUCCAAGUCACUGCACCAGACAUGCAACUUAGAGCUUCUCCUUCUGAGAGGGUCCAGGAAGGAGACACUGUCACUAUCUACUGUACAUGUGGAAAUUACCCUAAAACAUGGAUAAUCCUGAAGAAGAAGGCGGAGACAGGUGACACCGUGCUAAAGUCCAUAGAAGGUGCCUAUAUCAUCCACAAGGCCCAGUUAGAGGAUGCGGGAGUCUACGAAUGCGAAUCUAGAAGCGAGCUUGGCUGGCAGUUCAGAAGUAUAACACUUGACGUGAAAGGAAGAGAAAGGGAUUACUUUUCCCCUGGAUUUCUCAUGCUCUAUUGCGCCUCCUCCCUUCUCAUCCCUGCCAUCGGCACGAUUGUUUACUUCGCCAGGAGAGCCAACAUGAAGGGCUCCUACAGCCUUGUAGAUGCACAGAAAUCCAAAGUGUAGCGAAUGCUUGAAAUGUUCCCCCAGAACCACUAUUUAUCGGUCCAAAUCCUUCCUCCUGCUCCGUGAUGAAAACCCGAGUGGAGCGCCCAGGCCUCCGGGGAUGUGGUAGGAACUCUUGCAAAGAACCAGGUGCGGAUGCUCUUGGCUGGGAGCAAGAGCCAACAGGAGACUCUCUGCCGGGAAAGCAGGCACUGCCAUGGAGACGCGGCGACUGCCGUGGGCCCCUGAUGUGUAUAUACGGCAACGUGAUCUGUACAUUUGUAAAAUAAAAUUACGCCAUAGCAAGAUUGCUCGGAAUAGCAGCACCUGCCACGAGAGCUCCAAAUAACUAAACAGUGUUGCCUGGACUGAUGGUUCUAACAUAACGCAACUCAGAAAACUUUAACGUUAACAGUGACUGGUGGCUUACCUCUUGUCUCAUCUUUUUAUAUUUCGUUUCCUGUAACAAACUUGAUUACUAUAAAGUUCACGGACAACAGCUUCAGACUGGUAAACACACCAGGGGUUUAUAUUUUUUUAUAGGCAGAUGAUGAACCAACAGGGCGCUGGGGUGACUUUCAGGUACGAGACUCUUGGACCUACGGUGUGAUGGUUGACUGGGCUUCUCCGGAUGGUACGGACGUGGUACGGAGACGUGUGGCGGUGCUGUUUGUCCACCACACUCUUGGGUGAUUUUCCCUAUGUGGCCUAAGAGCGUGACUCCUUCGGACCCCCCCUUUGUAAAUGGCUAGUCUUUUUGUAUAGUAAAGCGAUCGUUGCUGCA